UCUCAUGUAAAAAUUCAAGUAUUAUUUAUUUGUCCAAGGAUUAGGAAAGAAAAAAGAAAUUAAAUAAAAAACAAAGAAAAAAAAAAAACAAGAAGAAGAAAGAAAAAGAAAGAGAGAAACAUGUAGCGCUGCCAGUGAAUUAUGUACGAAACAGUCUAGCAGCUUGGUACAUUCAAACUUGGGAAAUGCGAAACAAUGCGAAGUGUGGUAUGGGCGAACGGCGGCCGUCGUGGGUGGUCCAAGUGGUUCUGAGAGCAAGCUUGUCUCGUGUGUGGUCCAAACCGUUCGUACACUGGACGCGACUAUCGCUCUGCCGCCAGAAGAUGCGAGACACUUUGCCCGUACAAAAGGGAGGCCUUUCUCCGUGGCUAAUCGAGAUUAGCUGAAGGAAAUAUUUCUAUCUCUAUGCCUGAGAUUAUGAUCUUGUUAAUAUGUUGCAUGCUUAUACUUCAUGGUGUCAAGUCAGAAUUGGAACAUACUUUUACUGGUAAUUCUAAUAAUGAAAAUAAAACAUGGAAGGACUUAGAUUUGAGUCACAGACACAGAAUCAAGGAUUCCAAUUAUCUGCUGGACAGGUAUCCUUUGGGAGAACUACCUACUGAUUCUGAGAACUGUCGUAGACCUGCAAAAUGUAUACCUUUACAGAAAAACACUUGUAUGGGUACCAGAUUACCUUAUGCAUCUACCACAUUAGAUCUUGUAUCUGAAUAUACAACACAAAAAAUAAUCGAGGAAAAGUUAUAUUUACUACAAGCAUUAAGACAUAUACCAAAGUGUUGGGCAGUUGUACAACCAUUUUUAUGCUCAAUAUUUAUGCCAAAAUGCAUAAACGAUACGGUUGAUUUGCCAUCUCAAGAAAUGUGUAAGAUGGUAUCAGGACCCUGCAGAAUAGUAUUUAAUCAUACUAUUUGGCCAAGUUUUGUUAAAUGCGAGAAUACAAAACUUUUUCCAAGAUUAUGUAAAAAUGAUAUAAGAGAAUUGAAAUUCAAUACGUCAGGUAAAUGUUUAAAACCAUUGAUCCCUACCGAUAAUGCACUUGCAAUUUUUGAGGGUGUAGACGGAUGUGGUACACAGUGCAAUGAUCCAUUUUUUACAUUGGAUGAACAAAAACAAAUUCAUUCUUUCAUUGCUUGGGCUGCUGGUAUUUGUUGUAUGUUUAAUUUUUUUACUGUGGUUACAUUUUUAAUAGACUGGAGAAGUGCAAAUAAAUAUCCCGCAUUAGUUAUAUUUUAUAUAAAUUGCUGUUUUAUGGUAUCUUGUAUAGGAUGGCUAGUACAAUUUACUCCUGGAAGUAGAGAUGUGAUUGUAUGCCGUAAAGAUGGAACAUUAAGAAUGAGUGAACCAAGGUAUGUUUUAUCAUUUUGGUAUUGCAUAAAAAGGCAAAUUUAUGUAAUAAAGUUUAUAGACUAUAUGUAUAUUAUAAUUUUCAGUGGAGAAAACUUAUCUUGUGUUGUUGUUUUUGUACUCGUUUAUUAUUCGCUGAUGGCUGCAAUGGUGUGGUUUGUAAUUCUAACGUAUGCUUGGCAUAUGAGUUUUCAAGCUCUUGGUAAAAUUCAAGAUAGGAUCGAUAAAAAGGGCGCUUAUUUCCAUCUGAUCGCUUGGUGUUUACCGCUUGUUUUAACGGUAACGAUUAUGGCAUUGGGAGAAAUAGAUGGUAAUAGUGUUACGGGUAUCUGUUUCGUGGGUUAUACGAAUCAUGCAGUAAGAGCUUGGUUUCUGCUUGGACCAGUGUUAAUUGUUUUACUGGUUGGAGGAUACUUUUUAUCAAGAGGAUUGAUCACACUUAUUCGCUUAAAAAUAAGUAGUCAGGAAAUUAUAUCAGAAAGAGCAAGUUCUAAAAUAAGAGAAACUAUUGUUAGAAUGGGCCUGUUUUCCAUUUUUACAUUUGCAGCAGUUGUAGUGACCUGCUAUUGUCAUAUUCAUGAAUUUCAGCAUUCUUGGCAAUGGCGACAAAGUUUUCGCGAUUAUAUGAUAUGUUCGAUAACGACAAAGUACGCAGAAAUAUCUGAAUGUAAAAUGGAAGCAAGACCAAGCGCUGCCAAGUUGCAGUUGCAUUUACUUUCACCAUUUUUCGCUGGUAUACUUAUGUCAUCAUGGGUUUGGACAGGAUCCACGGUAGAUACAUGGACUAGAUUUCUCCGACGGACUUUUAAUUGUGAAUCAGAAGAACCGAUAAGAUUGAAGAAACACAAAGUUAUAGCACAAGCUUUUGCAAAACGCAAGACUUUCAACAAUGCUGGUCGUUUAUCGAUUAGUUUUCAUAAUACUCACGAAGAUCCGGUAGGACUGAAUUUUGAUCUCAACUCGGUAGCUUCGCAAGACUUUAGUUCAACUUGGGCUGCUGCUUUGCCAAAACUAGUAACAAGGAGAGGUGCACUUGUAGGUGGAACAACUGGUUCGGUAUCAAGCAACAGAAGAAAUUCAGUUGAUUCUGAAAUAAGUUUCAGCGUGAGACGUGUCUCUGUGGAAUCUAGAAGAAAUUCAUUGGAUUCUCAGAUAUCCGUUCAGAUUGCUGAACUGAAAACAACGAGAAAAGUGGCAGGAAGUGCCCGUGGACGUCGUGGAAAGCGUAGAAGAGAUUUUGCAAAAUCAAGAUCUGGAAAAGUUGGUCCACUUUUUCGACGAGGUAGUACUACGUCCCAAGAGAGUCAGCUGGGUGCACAAAUACUUUCAGCAUUGACCAUUGGUGGUACAUCCAAGAUACCACCUAUUCAAGUGCCUAAUAUGAAAAGACGAUCAGCUAGUGCUGGAUUAGAUGAGCGAGUUUUAAACUCUAAAAUGCUCGAAGGGAAAGGCCCGGGUAUGCUUCUACCAUUUUUAUUUCCAGAUCAAAGCGGCAGCGAUGAAAAUUUAAGUAGCGAAGAAAAAAGACAUCAAGAUAUGAGAGACAAAGAUAUUGAUAUAGAAGCAGGCAAUGUCGAGAAAGAGGAUCAAGAUACGGAUAGCGAUGAUAGUCAGCCCGACGAAGAAACGAAGAUAUUAGAACCGGAAGAACCAUUAGAAAAUAGUAAAAAUAAGACGAGUAAUAAAAGUGCCAAGAGUUAUUGUCACGAAAGCGAUAUUAGAAGUAGGGAAGGUCGUAAAAGCAAAUAUUUGUUACAAGACGAGGCUAUUCUAAAACAUUUGCUUCAAGAAUCUAGCGAAACGAAAUUGAAAUGUGAAACAGAGAAAAAGGACGCAUACAAAAAGGCCGGUAUGGGUGAUCUAGCAUCUAGCUUAACAUCUUGCUGUCCCGAAUUAACGCGGUUAAUGCAAUCGGAUGGACAAACUAACGCAAGAGAAAUAGCUACGCAAACUUCCUUGCCUCUCGAUAUUUUGGAAAUGGAGGAACUGAAACAAAGUAUCGAUGAGAUCAUUAAUAGCAGACAUUGUAGUUCUAAAGGAACGCAAAUGUCACCUUAAUUAAAUAAAAAAAUAAAAAUACUACGAGGUAAGACUGAACAUUAAUACUAAUAAAUAUUGUAUAUCAUUGAAAAAAAGGAAACAUUAAUGUCCGAAGAACAAUAUUCAUUGAUAUGUUCGACCUAACAAUAGUGUGGCAACUAAAGUGUUGAAAUUAUGUAUAUUAUAUGUCUUUAAUAGUUAGGGAUAUACGAUUCUCUUAAAUGGUAUAUCGAAACUUUUUUAAUUAAUGUAAAUGACUUAUGACAUGAUCUGGAUACAUGAUAAUAUUUAUAUAUAUCUAUAUUUUUAUAUAUUUUAUUAUUAUUAAAAUAGUCAUAAAUUUUUUCCCGACGAAUGAUUCAAUCCAUUUAUAAUAUCAGAUUUGCAAGUGUAUCAUAUGUUAAGAAAUAUAAAGUAACUUUCUUUUUUCAUAGAGAAUCAAAUUAUUUCAAUAUACUUACAUAUUUUUUAUACGUACAUUAAAAGAAAAUUUACUUAUACAAGGAUGUUUAUACAUAACAAAUUUAUGUAUAAAAUAUCUUAUAUUUCAAUAGUAGGUAUAAACAAUAUAAACGAUGACUCACAUAUAAUCAUUAAAAAAAUUGUUUAAAUUAAAUUAAUAUAAAAUAUAAAGUAUAAAUGAAUUAUUAGAUUUGUCAAUGAAAUUGUUUUAAACUCAUCCUUGGCAAUAUAAAAGUGCAUUGCGCUUUCUAAAACCUUCUGAAAAUGUUUUUCUCAUUUUCUCUCCCUUUUUCUUUGUCUAUUAUUUGUAAGUUUUUGCGAGACCAGGUUCCUCUUGUUCAGGUUCAAUGGACAUUAUGCUUUCAAAUCUGGGCUGUUAUUCUCUGCUAGGUAUUUUUUACCUAUACCCGAUACAAAUUUAUAUAUGUAUAUAUAUGUAAAUUUAUAUCUUAACUUUAUUUUUUGCUAGAGAACAAGAUUUAUAUACAAGAUUUUUAACGAAUUAAAGAGCGUACAAUGUAUAGAUAUAUAUAUAUCUUGGUUGGUAUAUACCUUUAGUGUGUUUACCUACGUGCACACCAUAUUAAUUCGAUUGCUUUUAUUGUUAUAUUAUUCUCCCAUUAUAAAAAGUACAAAAAUAAUGAUUAUGACGAGUUUCAAUAAGAGCGCAUUUUCCGAAUUUUAUUUACAAUCAAUCACUGUGAUCCAGGCACUCUUAUUUAACGUGUGAAAUUAGUUUUCCCUUGGGGUAAACAAAAAAAAACACAUUUAUUCUAAAGCUAUGGUCAGAAUAACUCAGCUAACAUGCUACGAGCGUCAGUCAGCCUUUUGAGCAAAAUUAACGCAACAACAAAAAAAAAGACUGGAUUAUCGAUUCAGCAUUACUGUAAAAUCUGCCCAUGUGCAUGCAUUAUUUUGGGGGUUGCAGGGAUGGGAAGGCUUUCGUCUGCUUGGUUCUGUUUACUUUUUUCUUGUUUUAUGUUUUGCAUUUUUUUUCUUUUUCUUUUUAAAGAAGAAAAAAAUGUGCAUGUUUCAACAAGUGAAAGAUAAAAGAAAAUUUAUUCACCACCACCGAUGGGAGGCAUAACAUGAUUCGAAGUCACUUGCCAGUGACAAGUUGGCGCGACUACUUGGAAUGAGAUUUGUGUUGUUUAGUUUGUUCGUUACCCCAAACGAGGUUGUUCAGCAUUUCUCCAGCAAAAUAGAGUAUCAACACUAAUGCCAAUAAAACGAUAAAGAAUACUACUCGCAGAGGUGGCGUCAGUACUUCCAUCACUGGGUACACCCAAAUACCACUCAUGAAAUAGAUUACGUGCAUCCUGUACGUAAGAAAUAAUUAUUUCAUUAUAUGUAGAUUCAUAAAAGAAAAGAAAAGAAAAGAAAAAAAAAAGAAAAGAUAAAAAAGACUGGCAAGUUAACUCACCAAAUUAAAUAAGUAAGUGUAAAUGAUAGGAGACCAGCAAGACCAUGUGAUCUUUUAGGAUACUUUCGUGGUGCUAGUAGCAUCUCAAUAAUAGACGACACCAUAAUCAUUGUAUGCAUCAGAUGAUUCAACCACCAUGGAAAAUAUGGAUCCAAUGCCUUUGGUAAUACCAAUUCACGGUCGAUGCACAUUAUCGACCAGAACGUAAUCCCAACGAACUGUAACGAGUAUGAUUAAUACGAUAAUCUUUAUAACGAAAUUAGAAAUUUCGUGUCUUCGUACCAUGGCUAUAGGAAAACUAAGAGUUGCGUACACGUAAUCCUUCAGCUUUCGUAUAAAUGGCGGCUUCUUCGGGCUAACUGCAUUGGUACCAUACCAAUCAUUCAUGAUACAUAUAAAAAAGAAUACAGCUUGUAAUAUCUGAAACAAAUAAUUUCCCAUAUAAAAUAGUCCUUUCCUACAUGGUAAUCAAAUUCAAAUGAUCGAUACUAAAAGGUCUAGGCAUGUAAUAAAAAAACUAUUAGCGUUUGCUAGUGAGAACAUAUAGACGUGAGUCUAUAAAUAGAAUUUGAAUAAGCUUUUAACGAAAUUUUCAUCGUGCAAUGUAGCCAUCGAAAUAAAACAUUGUUGCUAUUUAAUAAAUUAUUUGAACACGUGAUUAGAAAAUUUAAUGGCGUACAAGGAAGAAGCAUGUUUGAUAAAAUUUCGAGUAGAGAUUUCUCGAAAAAAAAAAAAUAAUACAAGGUAACUUUAUAAAUAAUGAAAUUAACACAAAAGAACUAUUUCGAUUAACUAAGGAACGCGUUGGAGGUAAUAAUAAAACCGAGCAGUCGAAACCCGGAAGCAAAUCGAUAGGAAAGGAGAAAGAGUGUAACGAUCGAUAAAUGAGUACUACACCAUCAUACGUAACGAAUGAAAAGUAGACUUUUGUUAUUUACUAUAAUCGGCGUAGUGUAUAGUCUCACUACGGCGAUUUUACGCGGCGCGUGCUUCUCCCCUUUCUAGUUUCAAAGCAAAUCGAGUCGGAUUAUAUCACACUAUUGGUGUCGGCUUAAGUCGACAUGGUAAUACAUCUCCAUAUUUUUUUCCACAUGAAUAUAUUAUGUAUACUCAUAGGUAGUUGCGUUUUCACCGAUUAUAUAAGAAGUUAACUUCAAUGUUGCUUAUAAGAAUAUGGCGCAAUAGUUACAAUCAUAUUAAGCGGUUUACCGUAUAAAUAUUAUUUUUCUCUCGCUCUUCUUUGCCUUAGUUUUGCGAUGUUUAAGUUACAAACGAGUUAUACUUUUCGAAUUAGAAAGAGAAGGAUAGAUACGUAAUAGUAAAUGAAAGACCGUCGGAGUUUUAGAUAAUAUAGAAAGUUAGAGAAAUAAAUAAACGAAAAUGAAAUCAUUUAGAACGAUACUAACCGCGUCCCAAAACGUAAGAAAUUUAAAUCUUCCACCAAAAGCGCUGUGGACCUUCAUGAUAUUCUGUGGCACCACGGUAUACGUAUAAUCAUAAUAAACAGAAUAUGCGAAUUGCAAACAGGCAAUCACGUGAAAUCCUAUGAGAAUGGAUUCUCGCAUCUUGUAGGCUAUUUUUUUUCUUCAAUUCUCUGGAGUCUUCUGGAAUAAUACAUACGCAAUUUCUUUGUUUCUUCUUUUUUAGUAUUUUUCAUUUAGUUUAAGAUUUUCGUUUUAUUUUUCAUGACCUAAAUUAUCGCGAGACAAUUUAGACGUUAAUUACGUUAGGUGAAAUGCUACCACAUUUUCGUAUCUAACACACAUAUAUACGUACAUACGUACAUACAUACAUACGUGCAUAUAUACAUACGUACAUACAUACAUACAUACUCUCUCUCUCUCUCUUUCUCUCUUGUGCUCUCUCACUGUCAACCAGCCGAGACACGAUCGUGUUUGGAUCGAUAACGGAGAUAGCGAAAGAUAGAAACUAGGCCUCGUUGCUAGUGUACCCGAGGGGUUCCUUUAGUCUCCUUCACUUCUUUCUCUUUAAUUCGUUGUCUACUAAAUUUUUUUUCUCUUAUUCUCUUAUUCUCUUACUAUAUCUAUCAAUUAUUUCAUGUUUCGAGAUAAUUAGAUAAAAGAGUUGUAAUCGUUGUCUUUUUUUUUUAUCUUUAUACGAGUUUAAAUAGAUUGAAAUAUCUCUAGGUGUACAUGAACUUUGAUAAAAAAAAAUACUCUACACUUAAAAUGAUUCGUUGCUUAAUAUAGAAUGCGCGCGCGUAUCGGUUGCCUGAUUUUCGGAUACUAUAAUAUUUUUAUCGGAUACUACAAUUUUUUUAUGAUAUUGCUCAUGUUUCAUCAAAUGUUAUCUUGACAUUUUAUUUUUCAUGUCUUUUAUUUACAUUUAUUUUUAUAUUAACUAGAUAAAACUAUAAAUGAUAACGCGUUGAAAAUGCAUACAAAUGCUAUAAAUAAUUUAUAUAUCUUAUAUGUAAAAAAAACUUGAACGUUUUUAUAAGUGUAAUUAUAGCGAAAUCACAUUACAAAAUUUUGUUAUAUAAUCUUCCUGUAAAGCUCUUAUAAGACUUAAGUUCUUAUAAGACGUAAUCAUUUGUCCUUAUUUUCACUGAAUAAUAGCAAAAUAACAUUCACAUUUAUUAAACUUAAUCGUACAUUUCUUUUUUUUAAUUCAACAAUGAAUUCGAAAGACGCAACUCGAAAAAUAAAAGACCGUUUGACUUUUGAGCAUCUCUUUGAAUAAAUAAAAGAAAGAAAGUAAAUAAACAAGAGAGAAAGAGAGAGAGAGAGAGAGAGAUUAUAAAUCACGAGAUGUGUUUCUUCCGCGUUCUCGACGAUGAAGAAAGGGUCAAACUGUUUUUAUCAUCGUCCAUCGACGUAGCUACGUAUCAGCUGCGUGUCCUUUGCACGUGUUUGUCUUUCAGCACAUUCGCUUUUUGUUUUUAUUUUCAUUUUUUUUUAAUUAUUUUUAUUCGCAUGAUCGUGCUCUCUUACUUGUUUUAUUUUCUCUCCCUUUAACAUGCAAAGAAUGUACACUGUAUCUCACGAUUUUUCACUUUUCUCGUGCGAUUUUUGCACUAUUAUUAACAAAUCUUAUCGGCUCUUUUCUUAUUACGUAUACAUACAUUUAUAUGAAAGACAUUUUUGAAAAUUUUCAAAGAGGAAAACCUUAAUAGAUAUCGUUGAAAUUUGAUGAUACGCGAUGUUCGUACUCCGAUCGUCUCGGCGGACUGUAACUUACUGACGGAUGAGAGAAAAAGAGGUGGGAGAGAAAGAGAGAGACAGAGAGAGACAGAGAGAGAGAGAGAGAGAGAGAGAGAGAGAGAGAGAGAGAGAGAACAGAGGAAAGAAAAGGCGUGCGCCGCAUCGUUCGUUGGAUGCUUGUUCACUUCGAGCAUGCGAGUGGCUUUUGGAAAAAGAUAAAGAGAGAGAAAGAGAGGAGAGAAAUUUUGAUGUAACUAGUUGGAAAAAUAAGAGAAUAAAUAAAAACAAAAGAAAAGAAGGAAAAAAGUGAUAAAGCAAAAUAUUAAAGUUCAAUUAUUCAAUUUUCAAAGCAUUCUUGUUUCCUUUCGUACAUUAUACAAUAUAAUCUGGCGAGUUUAACUUCAUCGAUAUAUUUUAUAACGAGUAGAUUAGACGUAAUAUCACAUAUGAGGCUUUGGUAGCUGAGCACAUGGCCACUAAUGUUUCACGUACUAUGUUCCGUCUCACUACUAUUCACUAUUAUACUAAUUCCUGUUUGGAGGGGAAUAUGAUAUCUACUUUCUCGCUCUCUCUCUCUCUUUCUUUCUCUUUCUCUCUCUCUCUCUCUCGAUCUAUCUAUCUAUCUUUCUCAGUCUGUAUGUGUAUUUGUCUCUAUCUAAUCGGCUGUAUUUAUUGUCAAGCGAAUACGCUUCACGUAUUUAUAAAAAUUGGAAUUACUAACAUUAAAUAACCAAAGGAAGUCUAGCGAUUUUUGGAGCAAGUAUAUAUGUAUGUAUAUACAGCGUAAAAAGAGAAAAGGACAAGCAUAAUGUGAAAAACGUACUGUCAUUUAGAAUAAUUUUGCAGGAGGAAAGAGAGGGAUGCGAAAGGAGAGGAGGUAUGCGGCUGAUUUUCUGCGCAGACUAAAAAUGCGCAUGCUUGACAUCAUCAUAAUCGUUGUCGUUUUCUAGGGAAUAUAUAAGUAAACGUCUAUAUCAUACAACUUAGUACUAUAUCUAGGUAUGACAAUGUAAUAUAAUGAUAACAUAAACGGAAUAAAAAAGGAAAACUUGUCGAAUCAUGCUUUUUAAGUGUCAUUACACGAUGUUGAUACAACGUGAAAACUUUUUAUCUCAAAAGUUGAUGUAUAUGUGCAAUGUGUAUUUUGCGUAAACUCGCAAAUAAAAUAAAUUUUUUUUCUUUC